AUGGUGGCAGCCGUAAGAGUCGCACCAAGUGCCGCAACUAGGGCCGUCAGUCUGUUGAGGACUGUUCAGUACGCUCACCCGCCUAAUUGCCCUUGCCAUUCGAAUCCCGGGCAUCAUCACCACCAGCAUGCAAAGCCCCAGGUAGAUCGCUAUGCCCGUCACCAAUCGCAGAGGAGGUUCGCCUCGGCAUUGGACUCGUCGCAGCAGACCGAGUACGCCUUUGAAAUGGCCGCUUCGUCUAUCCGCUUCGGCCCUGGUGUGACCAAGGAGGUCGGUAUGGACUUUGCCAACAUGGGCGCCAAGAAAGUCUGCGUCGUCACUGAUUCGACGGUCCGUCGCCUCACAGCCAUGAAGCAGGUCGAGGAGGCCCUCAACGCCGAGGGCAUCGAUUUUGAGGUCUUUGACAAGGUCCGGGUUGAGCCCAAGGACAGCUCCAUCAAGGAAGCCAUCGAGUUCGCCAAGCCAUACCAGCCAGAUGCAUUCCUUGGUGUUGGUGGUGGCUCGGUCAUCGAUACGGCCAAGCUCAUGAACCUGUACACAACUUACCCAGAGGCCGACUUUCUCGAUUUUGUAAACGCGCCACUAGGUCGCGGGCUCCCAAUCGAGAGAAAGCUCAAGCCCCUGAUCGCGAUCCCGACCACGGCCGGCACGGGUUCCGAGACGACGGGAACCGCCAUCUUUGACCUGGUCGCCAAACGAGCCAAGACGGGCAUCGCACACCGCAACCUCAAGCCGACGCUCGGCAUCUGCGACCCGCUCAACACCCGGACCAUGCCCGCCGCCGUCAAGGCCUCGUCGGGCCUCGACGUGCUGUGCCACUCGCUCGAGUCCUGGACCGCCAUCCCCUUCAACGCGCGGACGCCGCGCCCGUCCAACCCCAUCCUGCGCCCGGCGUACCAGGGCGCCAACCCCAUUAGCGACAUCUUCUCGCUCAACGCGCUGCGCGCCACGGUCAAGUACCUGCCGCGCUCGGUGCGGGACCCCGAGGACUACGAGGCCCAGAGCGAGAUGCUGCUCGCCUCGACGCUGGCGGGCGUGGGCUUUGGCAAUGCCGGCGUCCACCUGUGCCACGGCAUGUCCUACCCCAUCUCGGGGCAGAACCCAGGUUACCAGCACGCGGGCUACGAGGUCAACACGCCCAUCAUCCCCCACGGCGUCUCGGUCGCCGUGUCGGCGCCCGCCGUCUUUCGCUUCACCGGCGCCUCGAACCCCGAGCGCCACCUCCAGGCCGCCGAGGCCUUUGGCGUCGACAUCUCCAAUGUCAAGCGCGAGGACGCCGGCGCUGUGCUGGCCGAUGCCCUGACUCAGUUCCUGGCAGAUCUAGGCGACCAGCCCAAGGGGCUCAAGGCCCUGGGCUUUGAUGACAGUCAUAUUGACGCGCUGGUCGAGGGUACCAUACCCCAGGCGCGAGUGCUCAUGUUGGCUCCGGGUCUGCAGACCGAGCUAGAGAAGGAAAGGGAACAGCUGAGGGCCUUGUUUGAGGAGGCAAUGACGCAUUAG